AAGAUUUCUGCGCGACGCCAGAGACCACAAUCUUGGUACAUUACACUCUCUACAGCAUCAGCAGCAGCAGCAACACAAUGGCAUCAAAGAAACGAUCAGCAGAUUCAGCAGAGCUGAGCAACAACAAGGCUCAGGCCGUCGGCCAGGAGACGGCUCGCCCAGAGACCAAGGACGAGGGCAUGGGCGAGUUCGAGGACGCGUGGGAGGACGAGAUUGAGGACGAGGUCAUCGACGAGGACAUGAUCCCCGAGGGAGACGAGGACGAGGAUGUGGACGAGUUCACCCCGGCCAUGGAGGACGAGGAGGCACCAGCACCCAAGAAGCAGACAUACCUCCCGGGCACCAAGUUUGCCGCCGACGAGCAGCUCGUGGCCGACAACUCGGUGUACCCCUGCCUGCACCAGCUGUCGUACGCGUGGCCCUGCCUGUCGUUUGACGUGCUCAAGGACACGGGCGGCACCGACCGCUCGAGCUUCCCCGAGACGGUGUGGGUCGUGACCGGCACGCAGGCGGGCGAGGUGCCGGGCCAGGGACGGGCCAAGGACGAGGUGGUGGUCAUGCGCAUGAGCGGGCUCAGCCGGACGCAGUACGACGACGACAGCGAGGACGAGGAGGACAACGACGAGGUGGACGAGGACGCCAAGCUCGACUUUUUGACCAUCCCCCACGUCGGCGCCGUCAACCGUAUCCGCGCUGCGCCGGUCGCUGCCGGCGCCGCCCUCCCGGACCCGUACCACGUCGCGACGUUCAGCGAGACGGGCAAGGUGCACAUCUGGGACGUCAAGCCGCUCAUCGACACGCUGAGCGGGCCGUCCAAGCCGCGCCAGAAGACGCCAGUGCACACGAUCAACGCGCACGGCAGGAACGAGGGCUACGCCGUCGAGUGGGGCCAGUCGGGUCUGCUGACCGGUGACAUUGCGUCCAAGAUCUACCUCACGACGCUGACGCCCACGGGCUUCACCACCGCCGAGAAGCCCUACACUUCGCACACGAGCUCGAUCGAGGACCUCCAGUGGAGCCCGGCAGAGCCGACCGUGUUCGCGUCCGCGUCCGCCGACAGGACAGUCCGCGUCUGGGACGUCAGGAGCAAGGGCCGCAAGUCGGCCGUCAACGUCACGGCCCACGACCAGGACGUCAAUGUCAUUUCGUGGAACAAGAACGUCGACUACCUGCUUGUUUCUGGUGGCGACGAGGGCGGUGUCAAGGUCUGGGACCUGCGCAUGUUUGGCAAGGCAAAGCCCACCCCCGUCGCCCACUUCACAUGGCAUACCGCGCCGAUCACGUCGGUCGAGUGGCACCCCACCGACCCUUCCGUGUUCGCCGCGUCGGGCUCCGACGACCAGGUCACACUAUGGGACCUGUCGGUCGAGCAGGACGACGACGAGGCGUCGCGCAACCAGGCGACCGGGCCAGACGGCAAGCCGCUCGACGUGCCCCCUCAGCUUCUGUUUGUCCACCAGGGCCAGAAGGACGUCAAGGAGAUCCACUGGCACCCCCAGGUGCCCGGCAUGGUGCUCUCGACCGCGUCCGACGGCUUCAACGUGUUCAAGACCAUCUCGUGCUAGUGUGGCAGGUGCAUGUGGCAGUAGCAAGCACGUGGAGGAGUGAGCGAGACGCGAGACGUACGCCGGUGGGAAACCUGAGGUCCCACGCCCCUGGUUCCAGCGGAUAAACAAAACAACAGCACGAGACCAACCCGACGCGAGAUCGGUGGGUAGGCACGUUGUUGGAAUCUCACGGAUAGAUAGACCUUGUCGGGUGUCGAGUGUCGUCGAGCCCGGCCAUGCAUAUAAACAUUUUGUAUAUGGUG